AAGGAGGGUCCUGAACUCCGAAGGGUCGCAGUCGCGUCGAUAUUCCGGUUGUGGAAUCUAUGCCUGUGGUUUCCACGUAUCUCACAAGCACGAUCCGCGCGAUCGGGUAGACGUGUUCAAUCUCGAGCUUCAUUUCUAAAGUAUACGCGUAUUCUUGUGAUAAAAAGUUGAAAAGAGAAUUGAUUGAUUUUUUAAACACAUAAAAAUGAUGACCGCGUGGUUUCUGCCGCUGAUGUUCUACGCGUCCUUGACCUUAGCAGUAGGCAUGGAUCUUGGACCAAGCAUCAGAAUCGCUCAGUGUCGAUCAACAUGCCUGAAAAGUCACGGAACCGCCGAUGGCGAGUGCGACAAGAACAUCGGUUGCCAGGAGUGCUGGUAUAGCUGCUAUGUGUUUGAAUAUUUGUUUGAAAAAGAGGCAAUGCGUGAGAUGUGCGAGAAACACGAUUUUCACAAUGUGACAAUUCUACCUGACUUGCCUUGCAAGCAUUUAUCGAAGAAUCCGGUAUCAAACGCACAUCAGUGUUUGGGUUGCGACACAGCAUGCACGUUUUUCCAAACUAAAGGAAAGGAGAUAGAAACUUAUGACGCAAGCAAACUGCCGGCACCCGAACGAGAUGAAGUCCGCAUGAACAAAUACGAUGUGGCUGUAGUAAUGCACAAAGAUCUGAUAGGAAUAUGGAGAGAGGACAACUACUAUUCCGCAAAGCAGAAACCCACGCUCGCACCGUUUGGAUGGAUUAUCGUCGUCGACGAAAAAGGCAUGAUAAAGCAAUACAGCUGGGAAAAAUGGUGGCCCAAGUUGGAUACACUUCUAUACGGUGGUACUCUCGAUCAAGCAUAUAUCACGUGGCAUGACUGGCGUGCCCAACUGAGUCAGCAACGCAAGAAAUUCACAGAUCUCAGCCCAUCUACACUCGAACACUUCGAUAAAAAUGAGGAAUCGGACAAGCCAACGUUCGUCGUCACUUGGGAGAAGACGGGAUACGGCAUCACGGGUAACCAGGAGACAAAAUGUGAAUCGGCGCAGAUCUCUUUGUCGCCCGGUUACAAAUACCUGAUUAGGGUAGCAAGCAGCGAUGGUCCUGGAAGCCAUCCGAUCACCAUCCAUGCCCAGCGUUGGACCGAUGUUACGAUAAAAAUUAUCGAUAUCGAAUUUAACCUUGUCCAUUGCGUAUUAAUGAUACUGGUAGUGUUUGUAUGCAUGGUAUUAACAAUUAUAGCUCUCGAGGUAAAACACGUUUUACUAAGGUUCAGGAACCGUUUAAACAACAUAGAAAUGGCGCUGCUAGAAAGCUGCGAUAUGGAACUGGAGAGGCUGACGCUAAAAGCUACAAACUCGUCGAAGAAAGAUUCCAAGAAUUCGAAGGAUACAAAAGUAUUAUCGACUUAUGUAGUGCUAGAUAUACUACAUAACGGCGAGUCCGAAACGAAAAAUGAAACGCAGAAGCCUAUGAAAACAAAGGCGAUAUGCGAUGCAAAUGUGACAAACGAUGCAAAUGUGACAAACGAUGCAAAUGCGACAAACGAUGCAGAAGAUGUCAAGUGUCGAGCCAAGAUGAUGAUAUCGCUACUGCUUGCCACCUUCCUCGUCAAGUUUCCUCAUCAACUAGCACAAUCGGAGACGAAUGGACUUGUCACAGUUGUCACGGUCCUAGGGACCUCUGUGUUGCCCAUUGGACUCGCCGCCGGACCGAGGUACGUGCCAAAAUGGAAGAAACAAGCGUGCGAAAUACCAGCGUCCCAACACCCCAAUUCCCACUACAUUUGCGACGAAGCUGGCGAAGUAAAAUGUUUACCAGGAUGGACCGGAGAUCUUUGCGAUGUACCAAUUUGCCGCAAGGGUUGCGAUCCCCUUCAAGGCUACUGUCGACGUCCCGGGGAAUGUCGUUGCAAACUGGGCUUUUAUGGCGAACUAUGCGACAAAUGUGUGGCUUUGCCAGGCUGUCAACACGGAAGGUGUAACGUGAGCUUUGAGUGCUCCUGCGAUCCCGGCUGGAAGGGCAUGUUCUGCUCCGAGCCUAUCUGCGCAGCUGACUGCCUGUCGAGUCAGGGCUACUGCGAGAAACCAGGCGAAUGCAGAUGUCGUUUAGGUUGGCAGGGUCCCAAAUGCAAACAAUGCGCGGUAUUGCCGGGCUGCACCCAUGGGACCUGUCAAGGGCCCCUGGAGUGUCGAUGCGAGCCAGGCUGGACCGGACUGCUAUGUCAAACACCGAUCUGCGCGCAAGGAUGCAGUCGGGAACACGGUAACUGUCGGCGACCGGGCACGUGCAGAUGCCGCGUCGGCUGGACGGGCCCCAACUGUACCGAAUGCGUGCCCUAUCCCGGAUGCGUGCAUGGUUCGUGCAAACGGCCGUGGGACUGCCGAUGCGAACCUGGCUGGGCCGGUGAUCUGUGCAACGAGAAGCUUACUUACUGCGACGAGCACCCCAAUACCUGUCGGAACAAUGCUACUUGCAUUAGCAUGACUCACGAGGACGGCAAUUAUAGAUGUAUUUGUCCCCUCGGCUACAUGGGUCGACAGUGCCAGAUAAAAACUAUGAUGCCAUCGGUGGAGCUGGUACCACCGACUCCCGAUAUCACUCUAGAGACUUCGCAUGAAGUCCAAGAUCUCGCGGAUAAGCCGAGCAUCGAAGAAAUUUCGAAUGAGGAGGGACCUACCACGGAAAAGGAACAGACCGCGGAACCUCUUGGACCCAUCGUGAUUACGGACCCACCGAACACCACUGCUAUCAUUACUACCACCACCACUGUGAGUUCUGCUGCAACCGCGGAGAAAUGGCCAACGGAAGCGACCACGAAAUCAAGCGAAAGGGACCACGAGAACGAGACGUAAAAAGACAACGGCCUGACGGCAGAUUUAAUAUUAUUUCUUUAUUUAUUUAUUUAUUUAAGCUUUCGCAAGCGACAAAGAUAUUUAAUAAUGGGGGUCAACGUGAGAUCUAAACCGACCGAAAAAUCAUUUCUUCACUAAUUGACUAGAUUUUAUUGUGUAUUACAUUAUAUAUUUGAUCGAAUAAUAAAGAUGGUGUUGUAGUAAUCAUCAA